CGAAAUAUCCAAUUUAGUUCAAAAUAUAUUAUUAAACGCGGAAGAGUUAAUACACGGCUCGCAUCAAUGGGCAAAUGUGAAGAAUAUCAAGGAGGCAGAGAAGAUUUUGAAAAAAAGUAUUAAUGAGUUAAAGAGUAUGGCUGAGGAAAACUUGAAAACCGCAAAAUAUCUGAAUAGCACGGAGAAGAUUAAGCUCUCUGAUUUUUCCAGAAUAACAAAUCUUAUUCGCGAAAGAUCCAUGCAAAAUACACCGAAUUCAUUAUUCCGAGGUGAAACAUAUGAUCAUUCUAAGUAUGCAGCCGAGAAGCUAGAUAAAAUAUUCUAUGCAAAAGGUUAUGGAGAUUGCGUAGGCUGCGGCAAACCACUGGGACCCGGUUGGUGGUGCAACCACUGUAAUACUGAAAUUUUUCGAAAAAAUUUUUCAAGUUGGACUAGUGGUGAUAUUGAUAUUGAUGGUUUCAUUCAAGAAUCCCAACUCGCCGCAAGGAAUUGUUUAGAAAUAUUAGAGUGGAUUCCUUUUGAUAAAAUAAAAGGAUUCAAAGAAUUUGAAUGCGGAGGAUUUAAUAAAGUAUACAAGGGGGUAUGGACAGAUGGUUCCAUUAUUAGGUGGGACCGUGACAUAGAAGAUUGGAUAAGGCAUAAAAUUGAUCUAAAGAAUUCGAAAUUACUCGAAGAUUGUCAACCAAAUGAAAAAAUUGAUGGGAUUGUUGUAGCAUUAAAAAGUCUUUUUAGUCCAACCAAUACCGGAAAAGAUUUAAGCGAGUGGAAAAUUCAUCUUGAAUGUCACAGAAACGCCAUCAGAGACUUCAAAGCUUACCUGAUUCCACUAUAUGGAAUCACUCGGCGUCCGGAAACUGGAGAAUAUAUGAUUGUGAUGAGAUACGCUGAAAGAGGAACUCUAAGAAGUGAUAUUCAGAACAACAUAUUUCACGGAGAUUUACACAGCGAUAACAUCCUUCAACUUUUAGAUAGUAUUUCCGUGAUAAAUGACCUUGGAGAGUGCAAGUCAAUUUAUGAUAGUCCAAAUGACGAUUUAAGAAUGGCUAUUCUCAAUGGAAUGAAACCGGAAGUAGACAAACUCGAAGAUGUUCCUCAACCUUAUAUUGAUUUAAUGGAGAGGUGCUGGGAUUUGGAUUUAAACAAGCGUCCAACUGCAAUUGAACUAAGAGGUUCUAUUAUUUAUUGGUCUACUUUAUGUUUUAUUGAUCCUGGAAGAACCCCCACCCUGCAAAGCUCUAUCAGACAAAAACUAGAUAAUAUUAUUGAAAGUGUUUUUGAGAGUUACGAAGACUUUGAAGACUUCGAUGAUCCAAUAGGGGAUAUGGAGAACUUUUUUCGGAUUAUCAAAUAUAAUAACCUGUGCCUUGACGAAGAAGUGCAUGACUACCUUGCAGAUGCUGAAAAGUUCUUUCAGAUUAAUAAAAAUAGUAUUAACCCAGAUAUUUUUAUGAAUGAUGAGGAAAUAACCGAUACACGGACCGAUUUUUUUAACUGCUUGAGUGAUGGUGAUAAACGUAUGAUAAGAACAUCAAGAAAAGUGAUCCCUCAAAUCUAUCAAACCGACAACUUCAACGAGGAACAAAGCAACAGUUUUUCUGGACAUUAUUCUCAAUACGGUGAGCAUUCUAUGUUUUAUGUUCUAUGA